AUGCCCUCAGAUACUGACAACUACUCCACGCUGUCGUCCAAGGAGCAGCAUGGUAGCUUGCCGGAGUCGUUCACCGCGGAAGAGCCUCCAACCACCUACCAGCCUGAGGCUAUCAAGGUAGCAAGGACGAACUCACGCGCCUCGCAAGCUGAAUCGGAUCCAAUGUUGGAUCGAGAGUUAUCGCGUCGCCUUACAAACGCUGAUUCCGUUGCUACGGAUGUGCGCAAACAAGAGGAGAGUGGGGAGCCAAUUCCACCUAUGGGAAACGGCAAGCCAUACCCACCUCCAUUGCCAGAUUCGGCCCUCUACACAGUGAGUUAUGACGGUCCAGACGACCCACUCCACCCACACAACUGGGCUCUACGUCGUAAGGUGAUUGCUGUUCUAUCCAUUGGUUUCCACACGUUUUCUGUUGCCUUUGGAUCUGCCUUGUUCUCCAGUGCGAUUCCAUACCUGGACGCUCAGUUUCACGUUGCUUCUGUGGUUUCUACUCUAGGAGUGUCUCUCUACGUGCUCGGUUUUGCCUCGGGUCCUAUUCUAUGGGCUCCUUUGUCUGAACUGUAUGGCCGUAAGCCCGUUCUUGUGAUUUCCAUUAUCAUAACCACCUGUUUCCACUUUGGAGCUGCCGCUGCUAAGGACUUCCAGACCAUCAUGCUUUGCCGGUUUUUUGCCGGGUUCUUUGGAGCUGCUCCUCUUGCUGUGGUGCCUGCGUCAUUUGCCGAUUUGUUUGGUAACGAGACGAGAGGAUAUGCCGUUGCGUGCUUUUCUAUGGCUGUUUUUGUUGGCCCAAUGUUAGCGCCAAUUGCCGGUGGUUUCAUCUCCAGCUCGUAUCUCGGGUGGAGAUGGACUGAGUAUAUCAUCGGAAUCAUGUCUGCAGCAUCCAUCGGGUUUGACCUCAUUUUCUACGAAGAAACGCAUCAUCCUAUUAUCCUAGUCGAAAAGGCCAGAACCAUCAAGCGCCGCACUGGAAUUUGGGGAAUUCAUGCUCCCCACGACGAGUUUCAACUGUCGAUCCGUGAGAUUGCUGAGAAAAACAUCACCAGACCGCUCGUGAUGCUUUUCACCGAACCAGUCAUUUUGCUGGUCACCAUUUACAAUGCCUUCAUCUACGGUAUUUUGUAUCUGUUCUUGACAGCCUACCCAAUUGUGUUUGCUGAGGGUUACGGAUUUGCAUCAGGUGUGGCUGAGUUGCCUUACAUUGCCCUCAUCAUCGGUAUGUUGUUUGGUGGAAUCUACAUCAUACACAUGGAGAAGUUUUACCUUAAGAUGCUCAAGGAGAACGGUGGAAAGCCCGUUCCCGAAGCCAGACUCCCAGGAAUGAUCUUUGGCGCCGUUGCGUUUCCAAUUGGUCUUUUGUGGUUCACCUGGACCGGAAACUACCACGAGCACAUCCACUGGAUCGUGCCUACACUUUCCGGACUGUUCUCGGGCUUUGGUCUCAUUGUCAUCUUCAUUCCAAGUUUGAACUACAUCGUGGACUCGUACCUGAUUUUUGCGGCUUCUGCUCUUGCAGGAAACACGUUCCUGAGAUCCGGAUUUGGAGCCGCCUUCCCUAUGUUUGCAUCCUUCAUGUUCCACGGCAUGGGUACAAACUGGGCCGGUCUUCUUAUUGGUCUGUUUGCUGCGGCUCUGAUCCCUGUGCCUCUCUUCUUCCUGAAGUACGGCAAGAGGCUCAGAGAGAGGUCGAAGUAUGCCUUUGUGCUGUAA